AAUAUAGAGGGCACUCUAAUAGACCUCCCUCAGGUCUCCUGUCCCUCCACGCCUCCCUCUCUUCCUCCUCCUCCCCAUCUCCCCUCCCUCGCUCAUUCCUCCUUUUCUUAGCCAGUCUCAGAUAAGAAGGGGGCAGAAGUAUUUCUCUUCGGCCACUUCUGAAACUGGAGCCACUCAGAGAAGGAUGUUUUCACCUUCAUCUUUUUCAUUCUCCCCUUCAGUUUGGACAUUCAUUAUUCCCUAUCCUUAAUUUGCCCAUAACCUCUAUUUUUACCUCUCUCUACCCACUUUGCUUUCUCUCCAUUCACAUCUUUUUCCUGAGCUGGUCUGGACCUGUACCUGGCUUGUUUAGGAAAGGAGAGAAUAUCAAGAAAACCAUGAAAUAUCUGCUUAAGGUCAAGCCAGUGGACCCAUCCUGAAAAAUCUUCAUCAACAAGAAGAACGCAACAACAGAGAACAAAUUUAAAACCCAAGAACUAAAAAGGAAAAAGAAAGUAGAUGGACCCAUGUAUUGAGCAACUAAUCUGAUGUGAACCUUCAACACAAUUGAGAAAAAAGACCACAGGACAGGUGGGAUUUUUUGGGGGGUUUUUUCCCAAAAAAGUUUGGUCCUUCUGAUGUUAAACAGUGCAAAAGCACCUAAAGGGACUGAGGGUGCAGGAUCAGACCUCAUGGAUUGACAGUGAGAGAGAACACUUUAUUACAGCUGAAGAGAGCGUCAUGAAAGGCUUAAAUCUCAGCCGGGGGUUGUUGCUGCUUCUGCUGCUUUGGAUCUUGUCGGCUGUCACUGAUGCAGCCGGUGCUGCGAGUGCAGAACGAAGAGGAGCUGGAAGACGAAGAGGAGGCAGCAGCAGCAGCAGCGGUGGAGGAGGAGGUGCAGAGAAGAGAAGGACGUUUCACCGCAUCCAACAUGGCCAGUGCAGCUACACCUUCAUCCUGCCGGAGCUGGACGGAUGCCAGGGCGGAGGUUCGCCGUCACAGACUGAACACUAUGGCGUCUCUCGUGGCGGGGCAAGUGUCGUGCAGAGAGACUCGCCACCGAUCGAUGGCGAAUGGUCGUCUCAGAAACUGCAGCGCCUGGAGAGCACAAUGGAGAACAACACGCAGUGGUUACAGAAGUUGGAGAACGUCAUUCAGAAAAGUGUGAAGCCGGACGUCACAAACAUACCGUCUCACGUCGUUCACAACCAAACGGCCACCAUGCUGGAGAUCGGAACGAACCUCCUCACACACACGGCGGAGCAGACACGCAAACUCAACGUGGUGGAAGCAAAGGUGCUGAACCACACGUCUCGAAUAGAAAUUCAGCUUCUGGAGAAUUCUCUGUCCACCAACAAGCUGGAGAAAGAGCUGCUGCUGCAGACCUCCGAGAUCAGCCGGCUACGAGACAAGAACAGUCGUUUGGAGAGUAAAGUUCAGAUGUUGGAGUCUCAGCAGAAAGGAGAGCUGGAAGACAUGAAGGAGGAGAAGAAGAGACUGCAGUCGGUCGUCAGGACUCAGAUGGCAGCCAUCGAGUCUUUGGAGCGGCAACUGAGAGUUGCCAGCAGCAACAACACGGCUCUGCAGAGGCAGCAGGCGCAGCUGAUGGAGUCUGUCCACACACUCAUUAACAUGGUGGCCAGCACUACAGGGUCCCCUCCCAGGGACCAGAAGUGGAGAGACUGUGCAGAUGCGUACAAGGCCGGUCACUCCGUCAGCGGCCUUUAUGACAUCUACAUCGGCAACAGGACUGAACCUGUGCAGGUUUUCUGUGACAUGGAGACGAGCGGUGGAGGCUGGACGGUGUUCCAGCGGAGAUUUAACGGCAGCGUGGACUUCCAGAGGAGCUGGAGAGAAUACAAAAUGGGUUUUGGGGACGUGUUUGGAGAACACUGGCUGGGUAAUGAAGUGAUGCACCUGCUGACCAGUCAGGGUCAGUACUCUCUGCGGGUGGAGCUGAGGGACUGGGAGGGAAACCCCGCCUACUCCCAGUAUGACCGGUUCACACUGACCAGUGAGAGACAGCAGUACAGGUUGUAUCUGAGAGGUUACAGCGGCACAGCGGGGAGGCAGAGCAGCCUGGCCUCCCACGGGACCGGCUUCAGCACCCGAGACCAGGACAACGACAACUGUGACCACUGCAAGUGUGCCCUCAUGCUCACCGGAGGUUGGUGGUUUGACGCUUGCGGUUUCUCCAACCUGAACGGUAUUUACUACACCGUCGGCCACAACAUCAGGAAGCUCAACGGCAUCAAGUGGCACCACUUCAGAGGCCCCAGCUACUCGCUGCGCUCCACCUCCAUGAUGGUGCGACCCUAUGACUUCUAACACCACCCCUCCACCUCCGUGAUGGUACGACCCUAUGACUUCUAACACCAGCCCUCCACCUCCGUGAUGGUACGACCCUCAGCCUCAGGACCCUCCGGUGUCAUGAUGGUACGACCCUGCGCUCUCUGAAACGCCUCCCCUCGGCUCCACCUUGGUACAAACCAACCUUUUCUCUUUUGUCUUCAGCCAUCAUGUUCAUCCCCUCUGCCCCGCCUUCAUUAAACUCACUGGAUGUGUUUUCAUACCCGACUCUGGAUCCAUGAAGCUGGAAACGUUUGUUCGUGUUUUUGAAGGAAAGCGUUUUUAGAUAAACGGCUGCAUUUAUAAAACACUUUAAUGUAAAGUUAAACUCACUCACACUCACCGAGCUGCCACGUAAAGGCCUGUGUGAGCAAACGGAGCAAUUUGGGGUUCAGUGUCUCGCCAAAGAACAUUUUGGACGUAUGGACAAGGGGGCCGGAGACUGAUCUGUCAAUCCUGUGAUGAGUGGACGACCCGCCCUGCUCCGUCUCCACAGUUCGAAUUGAAAAACUCAAAGGUGAAAAGAAAAGCCAGCCAUCACUGACGUUUUUUUCGACAGUCUCACCUGGAGGACGAUCAUGGUGUUGUGCUUUUUUUGAACCAAUGAAAUAAGAUAGAAAAAGUUGCAUCAGAACGACUAAAGAGAGCUUCAGAGAAGUUCAAACUGCGGCUGCUUUCCCGCCUCCACUCAGCUCAGCGAUCAGUGUGUUCGGUGGGAAUGUUGCGUUCUUGGAUGCAGCCUCCCCAUCCGAACUGUGAUGUCGGAAAGGUGUGCAGAGGGGGCUUCUGAAGCUGGUGCAGCCUUUAAUCAUAAAAAAUGGUAUAAUCUGCAGACUUUAACUCUUUGAAACCUGGA